UCCCCAGGGCCAGCCACCCAGGCUGCAGGCAGCAGUGCUAGAAGGGCCUGGAGCUUUCGGGGGACAGAGGCCAGGCUCCAGAGCACCCCACCGGAUCCCACCCUUCCUCUCUCCCUCCAGACCCCAAGAGGUCUGGGAGCGGCACCUCUGAGAGAGGCCUGCCAGGACUGCGCUCAGGGGCGGCCAGUACAGCCUCCAACCCACCUCCAGUUCCAUGUCCCGGGCAGCCUCCACGCUGGACGGUGGGCCCCUGGCAUCGGUGCCCAAGGGGCCCAGGAAGGGCGGUCCAGUGGACAGGAAGGAGAAGGCCGCAGCGAUGCCCGACUCCCCUGCGGAGGUGAAGAGCCAGCCUCGGUCCACACCCCCCAGCAUGCCACCCCCGCCACCCGCUGCUUCUCAGGCUGCCACCCGGCCCCCCUCCUGCACGCCUCACACGUAUGGAGAGGACGGACCUGCGACGUCACUGCCCCACGGCCGUUUUCAUGGCUGCUUAAAGUGGUCUAUGGUCUGCCUCUUGAUGAACGGCAGUAGCCACUCGCCCACGGCCAUCCACGGCAGCCCGUCGACGCCCAACGGCUUCAGCAAUGGCCCGGCCACCUCGUCCACGGCCUCCCUGUCCACGCAGCACCUGCCCCCGGCCUGCGGGGCCCGGCAACUCAGCAAGCUCAAGCGGUUCCUCACCACCUUGCAGCAGUUCGGCAGCGACAUCUCCCCGGAGAUCGGGGACCGCGUGCGCACGCUGGUGCUGGGGCUGGUGAACUCGACGCUGACCAUCGAGGAGUUCCACGCCAAGCUCCAGGAGGCCACCAACUUCCCCCUGCGGCCCUUCGUCAUCCCCUUCCUGAAGGCGAACCUGCCUCUGCUGCAGCGGGAGCUCCUGCACUGUGCCCGCCUGGCCAAGCAGACGCCCGCCCAGUACCUGGCCCAGCACGAGCAGCUGCUGCUGGGCACCAGCGCCCCCUCCCCCGUGGACUCCUCCGAGCCCCUGCUGGAGGUCAACGAGAACGGCAAGAGGAGGACGCCCGACAGGACCAAAGAGAACGGGUCAGACCGUGACUCCCUGCACCCUGACCACCUCAGCAAACGGCCGUGCACCCUGAGCCCUGCCCAGCGCUACAGCCCCAGCAACGGGCUGCCCCACCCCACCCCACCCCCGCCCCAGCACUUCCGCCUGGAGGACAUGGCCAUGGCCCACCACUUCCGCGACUCCUACCGCCACCCCGACACCCGAGAGCGCCACCGGCAGCUGGGGGCGCCCGGCCCGCGGCAGGAGGAAGUGAUUGACCACAGGCUCACGGAGCGCGAGUGGGCCGAGGAGUGGAAGCACCUCAACAACCUCCUGAACUGCAUCAUGGACAUGGUGGAGAAGACACGGCGGUCACUCACGGUGCUGCGCAGGUGCCAGGAGGCCGACCGGGAGGAGCUCCACCACUGGAUUCGGCGCUUCAGUGACACGGAGGAUGUGAAAAAGGGCCCCACACCCGCUGCCACCCGCCCCCUCAACAGCUCCGCCAGCCCCGAGGCGUCUCAGCCAGAUGUCCACCGGGAGUUCAUACCUCGGACCCUCUCUGGCUACAUGCCAGAGGAGAUCUGGAGGAGAGCCGAAGAGGCUGUGAACGAGGUGAAGCGCCAGGCCAUGUCGGAGCUACAGAGGGCCGUGUCGGACGCGGAGCGCAAAGCCCACGAGCUCAUCAGCACAGAGCGCGCCAAGAUGGAGCGAGCCCUAGCCGAGGCCAAGCGGCAGGCCUCCGAGGACGCCCUCACCGUGGUCAACCAGCAGGAGGACUCCAGCGAGAGCUGCUGGAACUGCGGGCGCAAGGCCAGCGAGACAUGCAGCGGCUGCAACGUGGCGCGCUACUGCGGGUCUUUCUGCCAGCACAGGGACUGGGAGAAGCACCACCAUGUGUGCGGCCAGGGCCUGCAGGGACCCGCGGCCGCUGUGGCCGACCCACUGCCCGCGCAGCCCAGCACCACGGCCAGCCCCAGCGAGGCCGGCUCUGCCGGGCCCUCCCGCUCCGGCUCUCCGGGCCCGCCCGGCCCCCUGGACACCGCAGUGCCCCGCUGACCCCUCCCAGGCCCGGCCAGCACCUGGACCCCAUGCCCCGCCCACCGGCCGGCUCACUGGAGGCCGCGCCCACCACCCACCUGGCCCCACAGGGCAUCUGGUUGGAGUCACUGCUGCUACUGCUUGUCUCCAAAAGAAAACAGGACCGAGAAAGUCCACCCGCCAGCCUCGCAGCCCCGGGCAGCUCGGCCGCGGCCCACGACCUCGCCUCCACCACCGACCCACGCCGCAGCACCCGCGGGAGUGGCCGCACGUCCCUCCGCAGGCGGCCGUCUUCACGGUCCACCGCCUUCUCUACACUGGAAGUCUCACGGGGCUGGCGUUUCCAGCAAAGAAUUUUGAGGGGUUUUGUCGGCAAAAGAGCUACUCAGAAAGGGACAAGGAAGGUGGGGGUCCCCCUCCUUGUUAAAAAGGGAAUAAAACUGUGAUUUUGUAGCCCCAGACCUGGACUCCGUGCACUCGGCCUCCCUGCGGCCGACAGGUGCCCAGGAUUGGUGGGAGUCCAGCGUCCACUCGAGAAGUGUUUUCAGUUUCAGGUUUUUUUCUUCCUUUAAUGUCAAACUCUUUGGCUUUAAGUAAAAAUCCAAAAAGUCUUUUAAAAAGGCGAAGGAAGCAGACCCGCUAACUACCUUGCCAGCUAGCCAGCCAAGGAUACCGCACUCACCUCGCUGCAGAGGAGCCCAGAAGGCACCACGUCCAAACCCAGCGUCUGCCACUGCCACAGCGCUGGCUCCGUCCUCUUGGGCUCGUUGGGGUGCUGGUCUCUGGUUUCAGUCUUGGUUUUGUUUGGAGGUCUUGGGACAGUGGGAUCUGGCACGCCCUGGGGUCUUCUUGAGCUGGCGGCCCUGGGCAGGCAUGCUGAGCCGGAGCCCGUGACCUGUGUGCUCCGCCCUGCGCUGUCAUCCCCAGGGGCAAGCAGGACACCGCUCUGUCCCCACGCCUCUGUCACACUUCACAUUUCAUUUUCCACCCGUGAGCAGAAAGUGCUAGAGUGUUCUCCCCAGAGAGAGAGAACCCCGAAACAACGCUGUGUCGAUCUUUUGGGUUGACUCUUGACUGCGUUUCAAAGCAAGAGGAGAUACUGCUCCUGAGAACCCGCUCUGGUCUCCUCCUCUACCUCCGCUCCCGCCCGUCCCACCUCCAUGGAGCCCCAACGCCACCGCCCGUGGCUCCCUGCAGCUACUCUUUCUCCCAAACUUUUGCAGAAAUAAAAAAAAAGCCCCCUGCCCUGCCCUCCCUGAGACUCAGAUAUACAUAGCCCUGAGUUCCACCCUCGUUCUGGGCACCCUGGCCAUCCCAGCCCUUGCCUGCCCUCCACCCCAUGGUGUCCACCACUCAAGGAGGAAAGGAAGGACGGCCAGUCCCUGCCACGCUGAGUGGGAGGGCAGAGCCAACUACUACCCACACUAUUGUGCAUCGCUGUGAAAAGCGCCAAGGACAAGUGCAAUACGCGGUGGCCAGCCUCUGACCGCGUCCAGGGGCCCUACCUGAAGCACAGUGCGCAUGAAUGUGAAUGUACUUGGUUUUCGCAGAGGUCCAAAAAUGGUGUCUGCGAUGGUGGUGAUGAGAAGAGAGGUUUGCCAAAUAAAGAAUUGAGAGAAACCUGGGAA